GCGGCGGCCGGUGCUUCCGCUGUCAAGUUAUUGCCUAUGCGGUGAAGCUAUGGCGGCUUCAGUGGCUUGUGGGGGACGUGUUACAAGCUUGGGUUCGGUGGAGGGCAAAAGCACAGGCGAAGAAUAGUUCCUAUUUCGUCCUACAACAGUAACGGCCGCAGGUGUUGAGCGAGCUUGUCUACUUUCAGCAUCAGUUCUUUAUUAAAGAGGGUGGUGGUGGGGGGGGUUCCUUCAGCUGUGGAUCGGGAGCUCCUUGGAUCGUGGCCUUUGAUCGAAAGGAUUUGUUUUGAUUUCGGGUCAUAAGUUCACGACUUUGGACUCGGUGAUCAGGAUUCAGUCAGGCCUGAGGCCUAGUUGUUAACUCUGCUUCCUUUGGCUCUGACAGGACGUGCUUUCGAGAAGAUAAAGUGGCGGUUCCAUUUCUUUUUUUCCGCAGUUAACUGUCGAGGGCCGCCCCCCAUUGCCCACAGGAGGACUUGUGAUGUGCGAGUUAUUACUGUAAGACCAGCUUUUAACGUGUCCGACUGAAAUUCGGCGAUAACCUUGUCGGGCUAAGAGGGGCAAAAAAAAGCACUAAUUCUGAUUGCACACCGACGAUUUUAUCUUCAGUCAGCUGCGCGUGUCCUUAAGUGAGACUGAUAAGUCUUCAUUUUUUUUUACCGUUGUAAAAGCUAGAUGACGGUAUAUAAACACCGACCUAAUGGACUAAUCUCAACGGACAGGUCUUCAGGCAAGGACAGAAGAUGCGUCGAGUUGUUUCUGAUUUAUUGAGAUGGGUGUGUUAGCGGAUGAAAGAUGAAUCUCUCAUUUUGUACAGAAAGAGCUUGCGGAUGUUGUGUGUAAAUAUUCUCAUUUAUAUAUAAAAGCAGGUUGUUUUACAUUUCUAAUAUAUUUUGAAACGACAUUGUCGCUCUGGAUCAGGAAGUGGAUCAAGGCGAGUUUCCUCUCUUGACUUUGACUGAGGCUCGUCACCAGUCCCAUAUGCCUUCAGCACUAGCCAUCUUCACCUGUCGGCCAAAUUCGCACCCUUUUCAGGAGCGCCAUGUCUACCUGGACGAACCUGUCAAAAUCGGUCGAUCAGUGGCACGUUGCAGACCAGCCCAAAAUAACGCCACUUUCGAUUGCAAAGUGCUUUCCAGAAACCAUGCUCUCAUCUGGUUCGACCACAAAACAGGCAAGUUCUAUCUACAGGACACUAAGAGUAGUAAUGGUACGUUUAUCAACAGUCAGCGUUUAAGUCGAGGAUCAGAAGAAAGCCCGCCAUGUGAGCUCCUAUCAGGGGACAUCAUUCAGUUUGGUGUAGAUGUGACUGAGAACACCAGGAAAGUUACUCAUGGGUGCAUAGUAUCGACAGUCAAGCUCUUUAUGCCUGAUGGUAUGGAAGGCCGGCGAAGAUCUGAUGCAGUUCCAGCAGCACUCAAGAAGCCAAUUUGCCAGGUGGCUGCUAAUUCUCCAAGUAUGUACUCUCAGGAACUAUUCCAGCUCUCUCAGUAUUUGCAGGAGGCCUUACAUCGAGAACAGAUGCUGGAACAGAAGUUGGCCACCCUUCAACGAUUACUCGCCAACACUCAAGAGGCAUCAGAUAGUAGCUGGCAGGCUUUAAUAGAUGAAGACAGGUUGUUAUCGAGGCUAGAAGUAAUGGGAAACCAGUUACAAGCUUAUUCAAAGAACCAAACUGAAGAUGGCAUAAGAAAAGAAUUAGUAACAUUACAAGAAGACAAACACAGUUAUGAGACAACAGCCAAAGAGUCCUUGAGGCGGGUCCUUCAAGAGAAAAUAGAAGUAGUCCGGAAGCUCUCAGAGGUGGAGCGAAGUCUGAGUAACACAGAGGAUGAAUGCACCCAUUUAAAGGAGAUGAAUGAUAGAACACAGGAAGAAUUGAGAGAACUGGCCAAUAAGUAUAAUGGAGCUGUGAAUGAAAUUAAAGAGUUCACUGACAAAUUAAAGCAUGCAGAGGGGAAACAAGAAGAGAUUCAACAGAAGGCCUUAUCUGAGAAGAAAGAAUUGCAGCACAGAAUAGAUGAAAUGGAAGAGAAGGAGCAGUUACUUCAGGCAAGGAUUGAAGCCUUACAAGCUGACAAUGAUUUCACCAAUGAACGGCUUACAGCUUUACAAGUACGGUUAGAACAACUUCAGGAGAAAAACAUCAAGGAUCACAAUAGUAUAGGAAUCCAAGUUGAUGACUUGUUACCUAAAAUUAAUGGAAGCACAGAUAAAGAGCACUUUCUAUUAAAGAGUGGAGGGGACUGCUCUGAGCUAUUCCAACAAUUCAUUGAGUGCAAGACCACUCUUAUAGCAGAAGACCAUCAUACCAAAGGCUCAGAAAAAGCAAAGCUAUUGAAAGAAAAUCAACUGGAAGCAAAGGAAUCUGAUAUGUCUGACACACUCAGCCCAAGUAAGGACAGGAGCAGCGAAGACACUACAGAUUACCAAAUGGAUGAACAGGAAUUGAACGAAUCUUUAACUAAAGUUUCAUUAUUAAAAGACGAGCUGCGACGUGCCCACGCACAAACCGGAGAUUCAGAGCGAGAGGUACAGCAACUACACCAAGAGUUGAAGGAAGCACAGGAAUUGGCCAUAACCAGCAAACAAAAAUGUUUUGAAGUACAAGCACUACUUGAAGAGGAAAGAAAGACAGCUAAACUGCAAAUUGAAGAAUCAACCAGACAGAUCCAAGUGUUGCAAGCCCAACUCCACAAAUUACAAAAGAAUAUUGAGAUCCUUAGAGAAGAAAAAGAGAAUGAAAUUAUUGAAACGCGUGAUCAGUUGGCAAGUACCCAUAAAGAGAUUGUGGCUUUACGACAGACAGCAGUAGAGGCAGCAACUGGCCGUGAAAAUGACAUUGCCAUUCUCCGAGGGGAGCUGCAGCAGGUGCAAACUGAGCUUGAACAUUGGCGGCAAACUGCUUCAGAAUACGAAGCCGAAAUCUUCAACCUUCAAACCAAGCUCCAUCUUCAAACAGAACAACAAAAAGAUAAAGAAAAAGGGGAAGCAAUCCAGUUACAAGGUAAACUGGAUGAAUUACAAAAGCAGAGCAAUGGGCUACAGAAUGAUUGUGAUUCCCUUCGACACGAAAAUGUUAUUCUGACAGAAAAGCUGCAGUGGUUUGAGGAAGAGCUCCAAUGUGCUCAGCAACAGAGUGUUAAACUGACCAAAGAUGUCAGUGGACUGGAGAUCUCUCGUAAAGAACUAGAAGUUCAGGUUGGAACGUUAAAGGAGCAACGCUCUCAGGAGACAAAUGAACUAAGAGUACAACUAACACAGGCUGAGAAUGAGACUCAGAAGUUUCAGCAACAGUAUGAAGCAAAUCAGACCAUGUACCUGGAGUUGAAGGAAAAGCUCGACAAGACUCAAAAAGAGAAUGAGUCCAUCACAGAAGAACUUGAAAAUUGUAAAGAAAAUUUGAAGCUGCUGCAACAGAAGGGAAACAAUGGUGGAUUGUUCAAGUGGAUGCCAGUGAUGGCCAUGCUGGUUGCUGUGACAGUGGUAGUGUUAUACCCAGCAUUGAAUAGAGCCUCACCAUGAAACUGCGAGAUAUCUCUCAAACUACAGAAUGUCCUCCCCUUUGACAUUGGCUUUCUUUUACUACAGGGAACAAGCAGAUCUGUUUCCUUCCUCUUUACCUCCAACAAAAACACAGCUGUUUCAGAGUACGACAGUAGGAUUUUUGCUUGAACUGUAUAAUAUGUAAUUGUAUAUAGAGGGAAUAAAAAUUUGUGACUGGAUUCUACUCUAGAUGAUGUUUUGUUUGCAUUUUUCCUUUUUAAAAAAAAAAAUCAGUACUUUGGAAUUAUGUAAAGAAAUAUAGUGGCCUAAACUAGGCUUCUUGGUACCAAAAUAUUAAAAACAUUGAAGUUAAUUUAGUUUCACUUCUGAGUUCUACGGUAUCUUUUGAUAAUAGUGAUGCAAUUCCACCAACUGAUGCACUUAUGCCAGAAGACCAAUGCUAACAGAAUUAAAUAGUUCAUCUACAGUCAGUUUGAUCCACAUACAAGAGGUGAUAGGUCAUUUAAACAGCAAUCACAUUUAAAAUGUAAGUGUUAUGCUAUCGCAGGGUUGGGAGACUACACCUGAAUUUCACUGGAUUUUAACUUCUCCCAACAAUUUUUUAAAUCUCGGAGUGUACUUUUUAUUAAAGAAACAGCAGUAAACUUGAGUCAUGUGUGCAUAAUAAACACAUUUUAAAUGUUUCUUCCUUUUGCUGACUUUUUAUGGGCACCCAUCUCAAUCAGUGUUUCACCUGCAAAGGUAAGUGGACCACAAAUCCCUAAAAUAGCAAUCAAAUCCACACUUCUCUGUAUAUCAGUUGGUGGAAAGUGUGCAUCAGUUGGUUAUAAAAAGACUAAAUGUUUAUAUGUUUUCCCUAGUAAUGGGGAUACCUAUGUAAGAGGCUGACUGAAAUAUUUCUGAUGCACAGUGGUAAGCAUUUGCUUACAGUAUAGACUAUCUGGGACUCAAAUCUGCAAACCAUAAAGCAGUCAAAUGCUACUGCCUUAAUCACUACAUUCCCAGGACAGUCAUUCAUCUGUCUUUCAGACAGCUGUCAUACUCAUUAUAGGAGUCACACCAGCAAGCACUUUGUUUCGAAGUGACUUAGAGGAAAAAAUGGAUCAUCACCUUAAUUUUAUCAUGACACCUUUUUAGCCAAAUGAGUUGGGUAUUGCCUUAUUUUAAAAGUAAUUCAAUUUAUACAUUUUCAACCACAGUAUGAUAUGUUGAAGUUGUACUGUAUAAUUGCAUAUAUUGGUUCAAGAUUCCGUAGUCAAAUUUUAAAAAAACCUUUAAAAUUACAGCUGGUUUAAAAUAUCCUUGACAAUAGAAAUAGAUGUUCAAGAAUGUAUUGAGAAAUCUGCUACAUAAGUUAUCUUAAAAUGCGUUGAGGGUGAAUGUUGGGUUUUGUUAGAUGUCCCGUUCAUUCUGGAAUUUUUUUGUUUAAACACAAGGUUGUGGGGAAAAGAAACACUUGUUUAUAUGAAAACAAAUCUGUUUUAAAGUCUGUCAACCUGAGCAUUUGUUUGAAUGGCCAAUAAGCUAUGAUAUUCCACCCUAGCUACACACACAUGCUAAUGGUCCUUGGUACCUCCUGUACAUAGGUUGUUUGCAAAUAUUGUUCUGAUAUGCUGAAUUACAGAAAUAAAUUUUUUAAAGUAAAA